CUUUUCCACUCUUACGUCCCUGCGAAUAUACAGACCCAGAGAGAGAGAGAAAGAGAAAGAGCCAGAAUCUCUUUAACACCAUCUCUCAUAGAAAAUAAGAAAAUCUAAGAGUAUCUCUUUUCUUUAAAUUUCUCUCGGAUCAUUCGAAUCUCAGAUUCUGGUUUCGGAAGCUCAGAAGAUUGAGCUGCUUCUCUUGUUGACUGUUUCAUUUUGGGUGUGUGCCUGGUUUAGGGUUUUGAUUCCUCUUAUGGAGUUAAUCGGCUUAAAAUAGCUGUUUUGGUUUCUGGGAAUCUCUGUUCUUCUGGUUUGUUGAGUGAAAAAUAAUGUCGACGAAGAUCAAAGGAGAGCAUCUUUAUUCUAGAAGCUUCGUAACGAGGAAAUGGACAUUUCUACUUUGCUUUGCGAGUUUCUGCUUCGGGAUGUUCUUCACCGAUAGAAUGUGGAAUAUUCCGGAGUCUAGAGACAUGGCUCGACCUUCCGUAACAGAAGCUGAGAGGUUGAAGCUUAUCUCCGAAGGCUGUGAUCCGAAAACCCUCUACCAGAAAGAAGUAAAACGGGAUCCACAGGCUUUGUUUGGAGAAGUUUCCAAGACUCAUAACGCUAUACAGACAUUGGAUAAGACCAUUUCGAACUUAGAAAUGGAGUUAGCCGCAGCAAGAUCAGCUCAGGAGUCUUUGAUGAAUGGUGCUCCUAUAUCUAAUGAUAUGGUGAAGAAGCAAUUACCAGGGAAAAGACGAUAUUUGAUGGUUGUAGGGAUUAAUACUGCUUUUAGCAGCCGAAAGAGAAGAGAUUCUGUUCGAACAACUUGGAUGCCUCAAGGUGAAAAAAGAAAGAAGUUGGAAGAAGAGAAGGGAAUUAUUAUACGGUUUGUGAUUGGUCAUAGUGCAACAGCUGGAGGAAUUCUAGACAGAUCCAUUGAAGCAGAGGACAGGAAGCAUGGAGAUUUCUUGAGAUUGGACCAUGUUGAAGGAUACCUCGAGUUAUCAGGGAAAACAAAAACAUAUUUUUCUACCGCGUUUUCUAUGUGGGAUGCAGAUUUCUACGUCAAAGUAGAUGAUGAUGUUCAUGUAAAUAUCGCAACUCUUGGGGAAACUCUUGUUAGACACAGGAAAAAACCUCGAGUCUAUAUAGGCUGCAUGAAGUCUGGUCCAGUCCUAUCUCAAAAAGGAGUUAGAUACCAUGAGCCCGAGUAUUGGAAAUUUGGUGAGAACGGGAACAAGUACUUCCGUCACGCUACUGGACAGUUAUACGCCAUUUCAAGAGACUUGGCUUCUUACAUUUCCACAAAUCAGCAUGUUCUCCAUAAGUAUGCGAAUGAGGAUGUAACAUUGGGUGCUUGGUUUAUCGGGCUUGAUGUUACGCAUAUCGAUGAUAGAAGGCUAUGUUGCGGCACUCCUCCUGAUUGUGAAUGGAAGGCACAAGCUGGCAACAUAUGUGUAGCUUCAUUCGACUGGACGUGUAGUGGUAUCUGCAGAUCCGCUGAUCGUAUUAAAGAGGUUCAUAAGCGAUGUGGUGAACCUGAAAACGCUAUUUGGAAAGCCACAUUUUGAGGCGGAAUCCACAACAUAUAAAUAGAUCAUACAAAAUGGUCACGCGGAAAACACUUCUUCUUCUGCAUAUUCUUUAUGGAACAAAGAGAUAUAUACGUUUGUAUGAAUUGUAUCAUAGUUACUUUACUUACAUAGGAGAGGACUAGAGAGAGAUAAGUAUGAACCUUUUGCAAGGUUGCGUUUUGCGUUUGAGAACGGUUUGCGACAAGCGUUUCCGUUUUAGUAAAAAGGAAAACCAGCCGCAGCAGCAAAGGCGCCUGCUUCUUUCUGUUUUUUCGUUGUUUUUGGAGUGAGUGUAGAUUGUGGGUUUUUAAAUCAAUACAAACUAUAACUGAUUU